AUGAAGGCUCCAAGGCCCUGGCCUCAAACGGAGAACAGGUUUUGGCCUCAUCUUCUGAGCAGCAGCUGGCUCCACAAUGACAAAUCAAUUACCUCAUCACCAGAGCGCUCUAAAGUGCACACUGACAACCCCCCCGUCUGCCCCAAGCACCCGCGGUCCAACAGCACCCAGGGGUUCACUCACAGCACCCGAUGGUCCACUCACAGCACCCAGGGGUCCACCCACAGCACCUGGGGUUCACCCACAGCACCCAGGGUCCAACAGCACCCAGGGAUCCACCCACAGCACCCACAGCACCCGAUGGUCCACUCACAGCACCCAGGGGUCCACCCACAGCACCUGGGGUUCACCCACAGCACCCAGGGUCCAACAGCACCCAGGGAUCCACCCACAGCACCCACAGCACCCGAUGGUCCACUCACAGCACCCAGGGGUCCACCCACAGCACCUGGGGUCCACCCACAGCACCCAGGGUCCACCCACAGCACCCACAGCCCCAGGGUCCACCCACAGCACCCACAGCCCCAGGGUCCACCCACAGCACCCAUAGCACACACAGCACCCAGGGGUCUGCCCCACAGCACCCGGAGUCCAACAGCACCCACAGUACCCACAGCACCUACAGCGCCUGAUGGUCCACUUACAGCACCCAGGGUCCACCCACAGCACCCACAGCACCCACAGCACCCACAGCACCCGGGGUCCACUCAUAAUACCCACAGCAACAAGGGUCCACCCACAGCACCUGGGGGACAUGACUGGCAGCUCGGUGGCUGA